UGUUUUAUUGUGAAGGUGUCACCGGAAGCAGCCGUUAAAUGUCCGUUGGAGUAAAAACGGUUGUGUGAUGUUUGAUGGUGACUCUUGAACAAGCAUGAAGCUGAUUUCUGUCCUGUGUCUCUGUCUCCUGACUCUCUGUGGAAAAACGUCUGCUGAUGAAAACGGACCAGCAGGCGUCAGAGUGGUGGUGAAAGAAGACAGAGAUGUUAUUUUACCGUGUUCCCUCGACACAAAGGAGAACAUUGAGUUGAAGCUGUUUGACUGGAAGAAAGCUGCUCAGAAAGAUGAACGUCAGAAGGAGGUGUUCAUGUACGACGCAGGCAGACAUUACAACAACGGGAAUGAGGGUCAGAGUGAGCAGUUCAAAGGUCGAGUGUCUCAUUUUCCAGAAGAGCUGAAACACGGAAACGCCUCCAUAACCAUCAGAAACACAAAGGUGACUGACAGUGGAAACUACACCUGUGAUUUUCCUCGUCUGAAGCCAAAAAGUCAAAUAUUCCACAUUGAGCUUGUUGUUGGUCACAUCUUAACCUCUUGAGGCUCAUAUUGAUUAUGUGUAUUUCUGUCUCUUCAUACCAGCACAUUUUAAUCUGUAUAAUACCAGAAACAUGAGGAAAUGAUACAUGUAAAUUACAUCUUUUAAAAACAAACACUCAUUAGGUUUCAUCAGGUGUGUUGAUCUCACUUCAGACUCUGAAAGAGUUGAAUUUGUAAAAUAUUAAAAAGGAAAAAAUAGAA